AUGCUCCCUGAUCAACUAAACCAACAGGGUUUAAAAAUAGCCCCUGAAAAAGUACAAAGGUCGACUCCAUUUUCUUACCUGGGGCUACGCAUGUUUAAUACUCAAAUUCGUCCCCUCAUUCAGACUAUUCCUAAUAAUGUUCGUAUUCUUAACCAUGUACAAAAAUUGUUGGGCACCAUAAACUGGAUUCGUCCUCUCCUGGGCAUUACUAACGCCCAUUUAACCAACCUCCUGGCACUGCUUUCUGUGGAAAUAUGGAGUCCACAUCAGUCCAGAGAAGACUGGGAAUUUCCCCGAAAUGAAUGGAGUUUCAGCAACUGCUUGGGAACAUUCUUUAAAGUCCCCAUCCCGAGUAGGCCCACUGACCCCUUGCUAAGGAGGUUCUGGGCCUCCCCCCUUUUGGCGGCUAGACUUUCCCCAUCCUUUUGUCACGACUCUCUUGUGCCUCUGGAGCAAAGAGGGUGUAAGCCUCGCAUCGCCUCGCAUGAUAAUCCCCGGGGGAAUCCCCUUGCUGCUGGUCAUAUUCAUGGGUUUCUCAGCCCCUGCUCUGAUCCCCCAGAGGAGAGCCUCUUCGUACCGGUGGGGGGAGGGAGCCCGAUUGGGCCCCAGCCUUACCGGUUCCGACGUCGGGUCCAGGUCCUCACCUGCCAAGUCUCCUCCAGUCCGGCAGGAAUGGCGGAGCAGGGUUGGCCCGGGGCGACCAAGUGGGAGACUGCUGAAAUUCAGGCAGGGUGCGCCUUCUCCCUUGCGAAUCCUCAUUCCAUCACCACCUCGUCAUUCUCCCAAACCAGUGGCAACAAUGGGCCGGCGCAGUUGGGUUUCCCAAUCAGGGAACCAAAUAUGUUAGGGAACCAGGAUGGAACGCUGGUGGAAAAACCAAGCGGCACUCGGAGGUGGAGAUCUCGGUGGAUCAGAGAUUCUGGACUUCUGUGGAACCCCUCUCAGUUGGUGAAGCUGUACCAUGGCGUGGUGGAGACCCCCAGGAUAUCUUCCAGUGAACCAAAAAUUCCAGAGAAUGACUCUGAUUGGCAGGAUACGGCACAGAAAACAGUCUUCGAGACUACUUUGGUUUACAGUCACAGAGGACCGAAACAGAGCAGUAGGACAGAAAUUGCUACUCAUGUUAAACGAAAGACUGCCUUUCCAGUCACUUCCAAACCUUUUUCUAAUGACCAGCCUCACAUAAUAGUUCCUUCCAAGGAACAUGAAGGCCCUAUCAUUCCACCUCUGAUGCGAGGGUUGAUAAAAGCUAAGCAGGAAGGAGAUUUAGAAUUGAUACAACCGGUAUCAGAAAUAUUUCCGGUUACUCUGAAUGCUUUUUCACCAAAUGCACAAUAUCCUAAUGGAAGCUAUAAUGCUGAAUACUCUCAGAUCCCUGGCUUACUUUCAGCAUUUGCUGACACCGAACGCUUGAUUCUUAAAGAUUGGGAAAUGUUGGCUAGAACUGUUUUAUCCCGUGCUGAAUAUUUACAAUUUAUGACUUGGUGGGAAGAUCAAGCUAAGAUUCAUGGGGAAAGAAACGUUCAUGAUAAUAUUCCUAUUGACAAGGAACAACUUUGUGGACAAGGACAAUAUUCUCAACUAAGAGAUCAAUGUGGUUUGAGUGAUCAAGCAAUACAACAACCUUCCUUGGGUGUCGUUACAGUUAGAACAGGAAUCUAUGGACCUUUGGGAAAAGGCACAGUAGGCCUUAUUUUUGGACGGAGUAGUCUUACACUUAAAGGUAUUCAUGUGCAUCCUGGUGUUAUUGACUGUGAUUAUGAAAAUGAAAUUCAAGUUAUGAUACUGGCCGGUAACCCUUAUACUAUUCAACCAGGAGAUAAAAUUGCUCAAUUACUUAUUCUUCCUUAUAUAGAGGGCCAAAGCAAUCCUGUUAUCAGAACUGGAGGUUUUGGCAGUACUGGGAAACAACUAUAUUGGCAAACUUUUUUGAAAGAUCUUCGCCCCAAAAUACAUCUUAAAAUUAAUAAUAAAUCUUUUAUAGUAUUACUAGACACUGGAGCUGACGUUACCAUCAUAUCUGAAAAGUUUUGGCCUUCAUCUUGGCCUGUUGAGAACAUACCUGUAAUUUUUACAGGACUUGGCUCCUUAGGGGGAAUAAAAAGAAGUCAACAGAUUAUGAGAUGUGAAGGACCCGAGGAUCAGAUAACAACUCUUAAACCCUAUGUGGCUAACAUUGCCAUUAAUCUGUGGGGUAGAGAUUUACUUCAACAGUGGGGUGCAUAUAUUAAUAUCCCAUCUAUAUCUACUCAAAAUAAAAAUAUAAUGUGUGCCAUGGGAUAUGACCCACUGAAGGAAUUAGAUAAAACUCAACAAGGCAAUAAAACACCCCUCGAUAUUUUUCCCCAAACACAAAGCCACAAGGCUAGGAUAUCCAAAUGUAUCCUAGCGGCCCCUGCCAGAGAACAAAAAUAUGCGCUGUCUUUAAAAUGGUUUAUUGAUGAGCCCAUAUGGAUAGAGCAGCGGCCGCUUUCUCAAGAAAAACUGGCAGCUUUAAAAUCUUUAGCUUCUCAACAAUUAGAGGCGAGGUAUAUUGAACCUUCAACUAGUCCCUGGAAUUCUCCGGUUUUUGUCAUAGAAAAGAAAUCUGGAAAAUGGAGAAUGCUGACUGAUCUCCGAGCCAUAAAUAAAAUCAUACAACCUAUGGGGGCUCUACAGCCUGGCCUUCCGACGCCUGCUGCUAUCCCUGGAGAUUGGAAAAUUAUAAUUGUUGAUCUUAAGGAUUGUUUUUUCUCCAUUCCCUUAAGCCCUAAAGAUUCGGAGAGAUUUGCGUUCUCCCUUCCUGGCAUAUCACUUGGGGGCUCGUCCGGGAUCCCCCCCCCCCAAGCCCACCAGACCCCAAGCCAACGGGUCGUCCCUGAGACCGAUCGGAUACAGAUGGGCCAAUCUCAAAGCAUUCCUCUUUCUCUCCUUGUUGCUAACUUCAGAGAUGUUAGAACCAGAGGACAGAAUUUGAGUCUAGACAUCCGGAGGGGAAAAUUAAUAACCCUCUGCCGCUCCGAAUGGCCAACCUUCAGCGUUGGAUGGCCACACGAAGGAACUUUUUGCCUCCCUAUAAUCGCUAAGGUGAAGUCAAAGAUUUUUCUACCGGAUCGCGAGGGGCACCCCGAUCAGAUUCCCUACAUUCUAGUAUGGCAAGAUUUGGUAGGAAAUCCACCCUCUUGGUUGGCCCCCUUCCUGUCAUCAGGAGCAUGUAAGGCCCUUGCCAUGUGGCCCGCAGACCCCCCAAAGCCAAAGACGCCAUCUGCACCCUUGUAUCCCAUAUUGACCGAUAGGGAACCGGGAGGACGGGAAGUGGCAGCUGCGCCGGAACCAGGAGGACGGGAGGCAGCAGCCGCGCCGGGCCCCAUUGAAAACGAAACCAACCACAAGGGGCCAGCCGGCGGAACCCGCGGGCUCACCCAGCGUGAGCCAAACCCUCGCCUCCCCGGCUCCACUGUGGCCCUACCCCUGUGGGAAAUAGGACCCCCAGAUGAAACAGGCAUCCCCCGACUCCAGUAUUGGCCCUUUUUCACCAGUGACCUGUACAACUGGAAAACACAGAACACUCGAUUCUCUGAUAACACUAAAGACCUAAUAGCUCUUUUAGACAGUGUCAUGUUCACCCACCAGCCCACCUGGGACGACUGUCAGCAGCUCCUCCGCAUCCUGUUCACUACAGAGGAGUGAGAGAGGAUCCAAUUAGAAGCAAGAAAGCUGGUUCCCGGAGACGACGGUCAGCCGACAUCUAACCCUGACCUCAUUAAUGCGCCUUUCCCCCUAACCAGACCUCCACAGGAUGAAUGGGACUACAACACGGCAGAAGGUAGGGGAAGGCUACUCAUUUAUCGCCAGACUCUGAUGGCGGGUCUCCAGGCUGCUGCUCGCAAGCCCACCAAUUUGGCUAAGCUAUAUUCGGUCAUACAGGGAAAGACAGAGAGUCCAGCUGCUUACUUAGAGAGACUAAUGGAAGCCUUUAGACAGUUUACCCCCAUGAAUCCAGAAAUCCCUGAGAACCAGGCUGCUGUCGUUAUGUCCUUUGUAAAUCAAGCAGCUCCUGACAUAAAAAAAAAAAAAAAAAAAAAAAAAAAAAAAAACCUCCAAAGGCUAGAGGAUUUAGAAGGUAAACAGAUCCAGGAUCUGCUCUGUAUAGCACAACAGGUCUACAACAACAGGGACGCCCCAGAAGAGAGACAGAUCAAGGCCACAGAGAAAAUGACUAAAGUCCUGGCCGCUAUAGUCCAGAAAGAACAGCCACCCCCAGAAGGCACUCAAACAACACGCCCUCCCAGGCGGCACUUAGAUAAAGAUCAAUGCGCCUAUUGUAAAGAAAAAGGCCACUGGAUACGAGAAUGCCCCAAGAAGAAACAACCCCGCCCCAGCCAAGGACAAUGGCAGCCUAAAACAGCUCCCAUACUGUUUACCCAAGAUACAGAAUAGGGAGGACGGGGUUUGGAUCCCCUCCCCGAACCUAGGGUAAUGUUGCAAGUGGAGGGGAUCCCGGUCCAGUUCCUAGUUGACACCGGGGCACAACACUCAGUUCUGGUCAAGCCCCAUGGAAAAGUAUCUGAAAAAUCAUCCUGGGUACAAGAGGCCACCAGAAUAAAAAAGUACCCUUGGACAACUCAAAGGACUGUAGACUUAAGGACUGGGAAGGUAACCCAUUCCUUCCUGGUCAUUCCCGACAGCCCCUGCCCCCUGUUGGGGAGGGAUUUGCUUACCAAAAUGGGGGCCCAAAUUCAUUUCCAACCGGGAGGACCCACAGUGACUGACUUUCACAACCAACCCAUAUCUGUACUCACUGUGAGACUGGAAGAUGAAUACAGGCUGCAUCAGAAACCCACUCCUCUGGAUCAGGGUAUCGAGCCCUGGCUUCAACGCUUCCCAGACGCGUGGGCAGAAACGGGUGGUAUGGGGCUAGCAAAACAUCGCCCAGCCCUAUUUAUAGAGGUCAAGCCUGGGACGGACCCCGUCCGCGUGCGCCAAUACCCUAUGCCCGCGGAAGCCAAAAAUGGCAUCACACCGCAUAUCCGCCGCCUCCUUGACUUCGGGGUCCUACGCACCUGCCACUCAGCAUGGAAUACCCCCCUGCUGCCCGUGCGCAAACCCAACAGCGGGGAAUACAGACCAGUGCAGGACCUGAGAGAAGUCAAUAAGCGGGUGAUGGACAUACAUCCAACCGUUCCUAACUCCUAUACUCUCUUGAGCGCCCUCAGCCCAGAAAAACAAUGGUAUACUGUUCUGGAUCUGAAAGAUGCUUUUUUCAGCCUACCACUAGCGCCUAAAAGUCAAGAGCUAUUUGCAUUCGAGUGGACAGAUCCAGACAGGGGCAUAAAUGGCCAACUCACCUGGACCAGACUACCACGAUUCAAAAACUCUCCGACCCUGUUCGACGAGGCUCUACACGAAGAUUUGAGUAGACAACACCCAAAUAUAACUCUCCUGCAGUAUGUUGAUGAUCUCUUGAUAGCUGCCGAGACGCCCAAAACCUGCAUCCAGGGAACCGAAGGUCUCCUGCGAACUCUGGGAACCUUAGAUUACCGCGCCUCAGCAAAAAAGGCUCAGAUCUGCAAGUCAGAGGUAACUUACCUGGGUUACUUACUGAAAGGGGGGCAACGCUGGCUAACGGAUGCCCGGAAGGAAACCGUCCUUCGUAUUCCCAGACCGCAGACACCACGACAGGUGAGGGAAUUCCUGGGGUCAGCUGGGUUCUGCAGACUAUGGAUACCAAGGUUUGCUGAACUAGCAAAACCCUUAUACCAGGCAACAAAAGAUCACCAGCCCUUUAGUUGGACGGAAGAAGCCGAACAGGCCUUCCAGCAAAUCAAAACUGCCCUGCUAUCAGUACCUGCCUUGGGACUCCCCGAUGUUUCCAAACCCUUCCACCUAUAUGUAGAUGAGAGCCGGGGCAUAGCUAAGGUGGUGCUAACCCAACAUUUGGGGCCCUGGCACAGGCCAGUCGCUUCUAAGAAGUUAGAUCCAGUGGCCGCCGGAUGGCCACCCUGUCUCCGGAUCAUUGCAGCCACUGCCCUGAUGGUAAAAGACGCUGAUAAGUUGACCAUGGGCCAAGAACUACAAGUCACCACCCCGCACGCCAUCGGAGGCAUCCUCAAACAGCCGCCUGACCGAUGGCUGAGCAAUGCCCGACUCACUCAUUACCAGGGACUGCUACUGAACCCCCACAAGAUCAUCUUCACCCCCCCCCCGACGGCCCUGAACCCAGCAUCACUGCUGCCAGAUCCAGACAUGGGGACCCCACUUCAUGACUGCAGUGACAUACUGGCACAGGUUUAUGGGAUUCGAGAGGACCUGCAGGAUCAGCCAUUAUCAGACGCAGACGCCAUCUGGUUUACCGAUGGAAGCAGCUUCGUUCACCAAGGACAAAGGUAUGCGGGGGCGGCCAUGACUUCAGAGACCGAGGUGGUGUGGGCAGAAGCUCUACCCCCCGGAACCUCGGCCCAGAAGGCUGAGCUAAUAGCCUUAACCCAGGCCCUAAAGUUAGGAAGAGAUCGCAAGCUAACCGUAUACACUGAUAGCCGAUAUGUUUUUGCCACCGCUCAUGUACAUGGGGCGAUACACAGAGAACGGGGGCUCCUCACGGCUGAAGGAAAAGACAUCAAAAAUAAAGAAGAGAUUCUAGCCCUACUAGCAGCCAUAUGGGAACCCAAAAAGCUAGCAAUUGUGCAUUGCCCAGGACAUCAGAAGACAACCGACCCAGUUUCCCAGGGCAACAAUUUGGCCGAUCGGACUGCAAAAAACAUAGCUCGGCCCCCAGCGCAAUUACUGACCCUACAGCUGCCAGAUCCCGGACCCCGGGAAUUGCCCCCCAAGAAGCUAGGAUGGCAGGUUCUAGAGCGGAUCCAUCACAGCACCCACCUAGGUUCCCGGCGAAUGUUAGAUUUAAUGAGACAGAGUGGACUGAGAAUCAAAAAUGUCUCCGAUAAGGUUGAUCAAGUAGUCACUAAAUGUACUGUGUGCCAACUCAACAAUGCGAGUAGUAAUCCUCAGACAUCAGGGGCAAGACAAAGAGGGAGCAGACUGGGGACCUAUUGGGAAGUAGAUUUCACUGAGGUAAAACCAGGAAAAUAUGGAUAUAAGUAUUUGCUAGUUUUUGUAGAUACCUUUUCAGGAUGGACCGAAGCCUUUCCAACCAAGAAUGAAACGGCGUAGAUUGUAGCCAAAAAGAUCCUGGAAGAAAUCCUGCCCAGGUAUGGUUUUCCAGUAAUGAUAGGGUCAGACAAUGGACCUGCAUUCGUCUCUAAGGUAAGUCAGGGACUGGCUUCCAUACUUGGGGUUGAUUGGAAAUUACAUUGUGCAUACCGACCCCAAAGUUCAGGGCAGGUAGAAAGAAUGAACAGAACAUUAAAAGAGACCCUAACCAAAUUGACCAUGGAGACUGGUGCUAAGUGGGUAGUCCUUCUCCCCUACGCUCUGUUCAGGGUGCAUAACUCCCCAUACAAACUGGGACUCACACCCUAUGAAAUAAUGCAUGGUAGACCACCCCCCAUCAUCCCUAACCUAAAAGAUGACCUUGUCAAAACUGAGAACGAUAAUGGUCUUGAACUCUUGCUCUCCCUACAAGCCUUGCAGAGGGUCCAUGAAGAUGUAUGGCCCAAAUUAAAAGAACUUUAUGAGACUGGAGCCCCGCCUAUUCCUCAUCAAUUCUGACCCGGGGAUUGGGUCCUCGUCAAACGUCAUCGGCAGAGACUCGAACCCAGGUGGAAAGGACCCUUCCAGGUCAUCCUGACAACGCCUACGGCCAUCAAAGUAGACAGAAUCGCCGCCUGGAUCCAUUACACCCACGCCAAACCGGUGGACCCGUUCUCAGACCUCAUCGGACCCUCAAAGACAACCUGGACUGUUGACCGGACUAAGGACAAUCCUUUAAAAUUGACCCUACGCCACCAACGGACUAAACCGUAA